GGGGUAGCCGUGGGGACAAGGAUGCUGAGCUCCUGGGUGCUGGUGCUGGUGAUGCUGGGGGGGGCCUGUGCCCUCCCGGCCCCGUCCCCCCUGGCCUACACCCAGGCGCUGGCUCAGGCUGUUGACUCCUACAACCAGCGCCCCGAGGUGCAGAACGUCUUCAGGCUGCUCAGCGCCGACCCCGAGCCCGCCCCGGGGGUCGAGCUGAGUGUGCUGCGGGGGCUCAACUUCACCAUAAUGGAGACGGAGUGCACCGCCGGCACCCGGGUGAACCCCGACGACUGCGACUUCAAGGAGCAUGGGGUCAUCAAGGAGUGCUCGGGGCCGGUGCAGUUCCUGCAGAGCUCCCCUGAGAUCGACCUGCACUGCAGCGAUGCCUCCUCCAACCCGGUGCUCAUCCAGCGGGGCCGCUUUGGGCGCUUCCUGAGCAGGAUCCGGCGCUUUCGGCCCCGGAUCAGCUUCGACGUCCACGCCAGGGGCAGCAUCCACCUGGGCUGACCCAAUAAAGGGGCCACUGCGGCCGCUGCAUGA